AUGGGGCGCGAACUCAAGAAGAAAUCAAAGCUGCCACCCGGCACCGUGUACCUCUCCAAGAAGGGGCGCGGGAAGCGCCGUAUCAACCAUGAGAGCCAGGACGUGUGCUUCGACUGCGGCAAGCCGGGACGCCACACACCGCAGUGUGAAUGGAAGCUCAACUCGGGCAAGUACUUGAACAAAGGCCGCGACGGCAACGCGUCGCAAUUGCAAGAGGCUAUUAGUGGAGAAGACGCGCCGCAAGUGCACCCACCGCAAACCCAAGUAGCUAGUGGAGAAGACGUGGCAGAAGUGCACCCGCCACAAGCGCAAGCGGCUCCUCAGGCACGCGUGCCGGGCGCGAUACCGCCAAUGGACAAGGAUGGCGGAUUUCUCACCGACUUUCUCACGCGCUCGUGGGAAGAGCGCGAGGCCACGCUGCCGUCCUUGUACAAUCUGCGCCCCAAGACGCCUCUCGACCGCAGCAAGUGGCCAACGUGGAAAUAUACGCUGCCCGAUGCGUCGUUGAGCUUUGGCGCACCUCCUGACCCCGACGCCUUUCUCUUUGGCGGCUGCGACGUGUACGUCUGGUGCCCGUUCACCUUCUUCUCGCACUUCAUCGACGUCAACAAGUUGUCGUGCCCGGCGUGCGGCAGCAACGAGAUCACGUCCGACGGCUGGUCAAAGAGCUUCUUGCCAAUCGUGUCGCUUGGAGGCCAGUGGCCACUGCUUCGCGUGCGUCGGCUGCGCCAUCUCAAAUGUCCGAGAGCCGCCGAGGGCUAUGACUCGACUGGCUUCUCGUCGCUGGACGAGACGCUCGUAGCGUCGUGGUACCCGGCUGUCUUGCUCUCGCUGCUGCCUUUCCGGAAGGAUGGCAAGAGCUACGUGUCGCUCGACGCCACGACGUACGCGCGUGAGAUGCAGCACAUCGCGCCGCACGAUGCUGCAAGGGACGUGCUCAGCGCUUUACGCGACAUGUGGCUCCAGCGCCGCCAGAAAGCACUCGAGGGCGCACAUUAUUACAUGGGGCAGUACGCCACGCAACGGGUUGCGGGCGCGGAUCGAGAUGCGCUAGAGGCCUUCCAGUCGACAAGCACGGCCAUGACUCGUCCAAUCGAGCACCGUGUGGACGAGCCGGUUGAUGACGUCCUCAAUGAAGAGACGCCCGUCUUCGCUGCGGAAUCGUAUUCGGUCCCGCGACGCGAGUGGAACGAUCCGUCCUCUCGCUCGCCAAAGACGAGAAGAAAAAUCCUGCCGUGCCCUCACUGCGGCUACAAGAACCGCCGCCAUGACAAUGCGAGCGCUGUGUCGUGUGCCCUCUUCCAGUUCUACAAGAAGGGCAACUUUUGCAACAGCUCCGGUGUGCUGGCAUACGAGCGAGCGAUUGUCGCGUUCCGUUUAACGCAUCUCCGUGACGACGCAUAACGUACUGCAUCCAUUUCG